UCCCACGCUCCAACCAUUUAUCGUUAGGGUUUUAGCGCUCUGUUGUUUAAGAAUUUGGAUUUUGGAGGGGGUCACCGCUCGCGACAAGCCCCAAUCUUUCGAAGGAUGGAUGAGAUGGGGAAGCGAAGCCCGACGGAUAGAACGCAGAGAAGUGAAGUUGGUCCCUCAACCGCCCUGGCUUACCUCGACCCUCAGUACUGGGACCAGAGAUUCUCCUCUGAAGAGCACUACGAAUGGUUCAAGGACUAUUCUCAUUUCCGUCACCUCAUUCAGGAGCAUAUGAAUCCCAAGUCCUCUGUCUUGGAGAUUGGCUGUGGAAAUUCUCAUUUAUCUGAAGAGUUGUACAAAGACGGGAUCACUGAAAUAACCUGCAUUGAUCUCUCAGCAGUUGCCGUGGAGAAGAUGCAGAAACGAUUACUAUCAAAGGGAUAUAUAGAUAUCAAAGUACUUGAGGCGGAUAUGCUAGACCUGCCCUUUGGCAACAGCUGUUUUGACGUGGUUAUUGAGAAAGGAACCAUGGAUGUAUUGUUCGUGGACAGUGGUGACCCAUGGAAUCCUCGGCCUACAACAGUAUCGAAAGUACUGGCAAUGCUUGAAGGUGUUCACAGGGUUCUGAAACCUGAUGGUGUUUUUAUUUCAAUUUCUUUUGGUCAGCCACAUUUCAGGCGGCCAUUGUUUGAAUCUCCAGAAUUUACCUGGUCCAUUGAGUGGAAGACUUUUGGCGAUGGGUUUCACUAUUUCUUCUAUAUUUUGAGGAAGGGAAGGAGAUUAGGAGAUGCCAAAGGAUCUGGACAGAGGUCUGACAUACCAUCUAUUUAUUUGCUUCAAGAGGAGUUAGAGGGUGAAGAUUACAUCUUUCGAACAGAUGUUGAUGAGUUGGAUAAUUGAAGUUGAUUGUACUUUCUUUUUUGUUUUCUUUUAGUGUAAUGUGUGGCCACAUUGACCUUGCAUGUAAUGGAUUCAAUUUGCAAUUUAGAGAUCAGUAAAACAGGCAGAAUAUUAUUUAUGAAAAAAAAAUUGAAGAGUGGCUGAUAUAAAAGCUGUGCUAAGUUCCUUUGU